UCACGUACGUCGAGCCCCAGCUCGGAGGAGGAGUAGGAGGACGACCGCGAGCACCACCGGCCAGGAGAAGACGAGCGACGGCGACAGUAAUGUUCUAGAAGAAGCUGACUUUAGUUGGAGUGCUCGGAUCUGAGCUUUUGUUUUCCCAUGAGUGCUGCCAGCCUUCUGCGGUCCUUCAGUCCGUCGGCGAUGCCCGGGCCGGUCAUGCCCAUGGACGUGGCCAUGCGCUUCUACAUCAGCCACUCUCCUCCUCCUCUCAGGGGCUUCCUGAGCUCCUACGAGGCUCCUUUCACUCGGAGCAAGAGGCGGGACCGGGCCGCCGCCACGGCCGCCGGGCUCAGGCCCUGCCUGAGCAGCCAGCAGCGGGCGGCGCAGCACGAGGGCUGGAGCAGCAAAGGCGAGAAGAAGAAGGUGGUGUUUGCCGACUCCAAGGGAAUGUCGCUCACCGCCGUCCGCGUCUUCUCCAAGAACGAGGAAGAACGCAACGGUGAUGAGCUGCAGUUCGAUAUGAGCGACCUGGAGAACGCCGCCAUGGACCUGAAGAUCAGCUCGGCGUGCAGCCUGGAGCUGGACUUCAAGCAGCCCUCGGCCGACUACCUGGACUUCAGGAACCGCCUGAUCCGGAACUCGGUCUGCUUGGAGAACUGCUCGCUGCAGGAGCGCUCGCUCACCGGCACGGUCAAAGUGCGCAACGUCGGCUUUGAGAAGUGCGUGCGUGUGCGGGCCACCUUCGACUCGUGGGCCAGCUUCAUGGACGUGGACUGCACCUUCAUGAACAACGUGUACGGCGCCAACGACACCGACACCUUCGCCUUCGUUCUGGACCUUCCCGCCGACAUCCCGCCGCACAACCGGGUGGAGUUCUGCGUCUGCUUCGAGGCCCGGGACCGGACCUUCUGGGACAACAACGACGGCAAGAACUACGGGGUCAAGCACGUGGGUUGGACCGGCGUGUCCUCUCCGGCUCCGGCCGAGCAGCAGAAGGCGAGCGGCGUCAAGGUUGUGGAGAUGGACCUGGACCAGUUGGGAAGCCCUCGCAUGUGCAGCGGCUUCUUUCCGGGCUGGCAAAGCUGGAACCACGCGGACGCCUCCGUGCCCUACUGGUGACGGGCUGCCACUUGACUGCGUCGACGACGGACGUUACGUCCUUCAUAUUGAAGGGGAGCCGGCCGGCCUACCAGCCGCCGGCCAGCCAGUGAGCGAGCGAGUGUGGGUCCUGACGGAUGCAAGGCAGAUUUUUUAGGGGGAUGGGGGGGGGGUCUUCUGCCUCUUGGACAUGCCGAUGAUGUCAUCAGAGGGCGACUGCACCUUUUUAUUGCUUCACACGCUUUUGGUACUUCCGCAUGCGGUCUCCCGCAUCUUUGUGAUUUGCACAGUUUGUGUGCGUGCGUGCGUGCGAGGCUGCCAAUCAAGUUUCAUUUUCUUUUGGCAAAGGAAGUAGUGUUGUUUGGAAUAAAAGUUUAUAUUUGUGCA